AUGGCCACUCCUGGAGCUGCCCAACCAGCACGAUUGGCCCAACUCGCUCAAUUGUCUUGCAAAAUCUUCCAGAAUGUAUAUAACCCAACAGCUGCACGAACCGGCAACAAGGUGCUUCGACAGCGAUUAGUCGGUCCCACAAUGACAGCAUACAAUCCUCAAAAGCUUGUUCACUUCCGCGACAUUAAGGCGUUGUACCCAUCCCUCAACCUUGUUGAUAUGGAAGAGAAGGCUCGUUUGGAUGAGAUUGCCAGAAGAAAGCGAAGAGGAAAAGGUGCACCCAAGAAGGGUCAGGGCAAGCGUGCUUCGGUCAAGAGAAAGUAG